CUUUACUACAAAGACUGGAUUGUUCAUCUGGACAACGCUUGACAUAUACAUUAACUAGCCACAGGUGACUUUUGUACUUUCUUUGAGUAUCAAAAAUGGCCCAAGCUGCAGCCUCGACGUGUGAAAUAUGUACUGCCGGAGCUGGUGAACAUUAUUGUCAACUGUGUGACCAAUUAUUUUGCGGAAGCUGUAAAUUAUCUCAUUUACGCACGAAGAUAAGUAAAAACCACACGUUUUUAAGCGGACCAAACAUCAACAGGGAAGAAACACUACUUUGUACAGAACACGAAGAAAUUUAUUUAUUCUACUGUCAUGACUGUGAUACUCCUGUGUGUAGAAUUUGCUCCGUUGAGAAACACAGCCGUCAUUUGAUGACAGACCUUACUAAAUCAACUGAGAAAUUUAGGUCUGAACUUGCCAAGGAUAUUGAAUCGAAGGUAACAACAUCGAGGCAAAACGUAAGCAAAAUUGAAAAAGACACAAAAGCUUACCGUGAGGAAGUCAAAGCUGUCAUCAAAAACUUUACUGACGAAGGAAAUUAUUGGAAGAAAUUGAUUGAUCAAAAAGUAGAUAGUUUUGUUAAGCUAGUGCAGGAUGAGGAACAGAAAGCAUUACAAAAAACGUCUGCACACACCAAAGUUUAUCGUGGAGUGUUCGAAAAUUGUCAACAAUGGCAAAAGAACAUCAAAGAAAUGGAAACAAUAGCAGAUGUAUUAUUGUUACGAAAGCUAAAACACCUUAAAAUUGAUGUGGACAACAUAGAUUUAAAACAAGUUCCCGAAAGGUCUUCCGUGUCAUACAGAAACAAAAAGCAUUCAGACACAGAAAUAGACAGCCUAUUCGGAGAGUUGAAGUUUCGGGACAGUACAGCGUUGAUGGAAAACACUGAACGCCAACAAAAUACCAGGCCACCAGAAUAUCAAAAGAGGUACAGAUACACAUGUCGUUCUUGUGGGAAUGAGCAGGUUUCAAUUGAGGAGCCUGCAACACGAUACAGGCAUAGCGGUCAAGGUUUGUCUAUGGCGUGCAAUAACAGUAAAUGUGGCUUCUACAAUCAGUUAUGGUGGCAUGACUUUAGAGGAAAAGUAUAGAACAAACUCGCAACUCAAGGACUAUAAGAUGUCAUGGCAUUCAUAUACAUAAUGUGUUUUAAGACAAGCACCAAUGAAGAUCAUCAUAUGAACCGUCUGAAUUUUAAGAGACAAAAAACAACAUUCGUUUUUCUAUUAACUUUACCGAAAGAAAGGUAGUUUCAGAGUUAAAUUUUCAUCGAAUAAGUCUUUCGUCUGACAUAUUACAAUAUAUUAUAUAUCACACAACUUUAUUCUUUCUCAGAUAUUCUCAUUAAUAUGAUGCAUUGAUAAUUCUUUAU